UCGACUUUCAGACAUCCGGGCGAGACACAGAUUGAGGCAGGAUCGUCCGUCUCAUUUGGUGUAUGUUUUUCAUCCACAGGCCGUGCAGUCAGUUGGUGUCCCGCCUAUUUGAUCUUCGCCUCCAUCGUCGUCAAUCGCUCGUACACUUCUGUCUGCAUUUUGUUUUGCUGUAUCUGCACCUCCAGCAGUUGCCUCCGCGCCUCUGCCAGUUGUCUUUGCAUCUCCCGCAAGGCUGACAUGCAAGGCACAAACGCAGACACGGAUGGGCUUCUUAGAAAAGUGUUUCUGUCACACCUGGCUGGAUCUCGGCUUUGACGUACGCUUUGAAGUGCGUUACGGCUGCAGCACAAACGAAACACGGCCUUUUCAUCCCUCCGGUGUCCUGCCUGUCUGCCUGUGUGGCCGUGACUUCGUCGGUGUCUCACCUGCCAUGACGUCAGGUACGCUCGAGUCGUGAUGGUCUGCCGCCUCGAUCCACUUGUCGAUGCUGUCUUUGAAUGCGUCCCGUGCCUUACGCCUCUCAUGAGCCGUCUCCGGACUCUCACCUUCGCUUUCGGUGGCGUCAAAAGAAAACAACGACUCCUACACGAACAUUGCAGAGAAACGAGACGGGGUCAUUGAUUGUCUCAUGUGACUUGUUGACCCUCACUUGGUCGGCGUAUUCGCGCAGAAGAAGGUCACGGCCGGUGUAUUGGCACAGAAAAAGAACGGGCAUCAGGAGGAUGUAAAGGGGCGCGCGCAGCACUGCGCCAUAGUUUCCCUCCCGAAUCCUUCGUGGGACCCCCUCCAGCAUUUUGUAGAUGGCCACGGGUGUGAAGGCGACAACAAGCAGGAGUCCGUCGACGGUUGAGUAGACGGCCUUCAUCGUCCAGAAGGCAAUGCGGCAGAGUACCGACUGCUCUCGCCGUUGUUCGCUGAUGAGUGAGGCGAGAUACCGCAGAGGCUCCGACACGACCAAAGCUGCACAGACAGAUGCCCACAUGUGAUGGGCCGGGUGCAGUUCAUGUCUCUCGUCGCACCGACCGAUGAGGUUGAAUGGCGGCGGCAGGCGCUCGUGAUGGGGGAGCUUCAGGUACUCAUUCAGCACGCGGAUGCGCAGCAGCCUGCAGAGAACAGCGGAGAGACAGAGAAAGUCCUCAUGUGCCGCUGUCAUCGAUCUGUCUCGCUCGUUGGUUGUCUUCACUCACUGGUAUUGUGCAGCCUGUGUCUCUUCGAUGGCCGCAUACGUCGACGCCUGACAGACACAGAUAGGAGCGUUGAUCAGUCAUGUGGCCACUCGAUGUCUCGUAUGUGUGUUUCUCGUCUGUCUCACCAUGAUGGCGAUGAGCAGGUUGAGCUGUUUAUUCACACCGGCAGACACAGAGAGAGACAAGACAUGGAGUCCGUGUCUGUGUGCCUCGUCCAUCGGUACGUCUUACGAGUAUGAUGGAGGAGAGGAUGACGUAUGUGAACAGCAGGACGGCCCCCAGCGUGUCGUGGCUCUCUAUGGCGUUGGUCAGCGCCUCGUUGAACUCACCAAGGCCGGCAUAGAAACUGCACAACACAACAAGACGAAGACGGGCAGGUGUCCCUUUCCUCUGUGUCUUCUCAUGAGGUCGCAUGCGCACAGUGUGAGUGUGGCUUUGGGGAAGGAGCCGAAGUACUGGUGGUCUUCGUCGGACGAGAGGAGGGUGAAGACGCCCGCGAAGACCAGCAGGAUGUAGACGUACAGACACAGAAACAUGCUGAUGUCCGAAAACAUCCUCACAACCGCACUGACACACACACCCGUCACACACAGCAUGAGACACCAGCUGUAUGUUUGGCUGCCUGGCUCACUGACAGUAUGAGUGGUCCCACGGUUGGGUGCAGGCUGGCGGUUUGGAGGAGGCGCAGAGCAAAGAGCAGCGCGACGACUAUGCCUGAGCCGACCUCUGCUUCUGAGGACCACCCGAUGAAAUGGAUGGUAAUGAAGGCGGCGAUUGCCAGUGAACAAGCCAGGUCCACGUAGUUCCUGAUUAUUGUGCCCACACACCGACAGCACACAAAUGGAGCCAGCAAAGACGGUUGGCUCUGCACGUCUGACGCAUACCAUGAGUCGGCCCAAUACGCUGCCUUCAGGCGGAUGCCCUACACACAUACAAAGAGCAUAGAGAGGACAGUGCAUCUCAGUAUUGAUAAGUGCAGAUCAGGCAUUUCUCCUCUCGUCUGGCUUACUUGGAACAACUCCAGAAGGAUGAAGGCUGUGCCCGUCGGCAGUGCACCCCACAGCCACACCCCCGGCAUCAUCACAUCGCUGUCUCCCUUGAUUGACUCGAUGUGCAGCAGCACAAAGGCCACCCUGCAAUACGCAGAGAGAGAAGAGGUGCCAUGCUUCUUUGCCUCCAUCGUUGUGCCUGGCUCCACCGUCUUACAUCGAGAGCAUUGAGAGCACGCGGGUAAUGAAAAUGUCACGGGGGGCAAUCUGAAUCGAUGCUUCGACUGGUGGUCGCCAAUACCUUUCGACGAGAGAGAUGCAGUUGGCUGUCACAAUCAUGCGCAGCAGGAAAACGAAGAGACAUGAAGCGGACAGGCUGAGAGGGAGGGGAAAUCUUCUGUGUGGGUUACGUUGUGUGACGACUGUCAAAGGCUCAGCGGACUCGAGCAGCGUAAGCCAUUCUCUCUCUUUGCCCCGGAGUGACUGCCCGAAUCGGUCUCCUGUUGUUUCACUACAGAACGCU